AUGAAAUUUGAGUACUUUCAAUAUCUUUCUCGGGAUGUACAAAUAGAGAAAAAAUGGUGUCUAUUUGUCGGCCACUUUAAUCUAUCUAUCUAUCUAUCUAUCUAUCUAUAUAUAUAUAUGUGUGUGUGUGUGUGUUUGUGUAUAUUUAUCUCAACGUGUUCAUAUCUAUCUAUCUAUCUAUCUAUCUAUCACAUCCUGGGCAUAUCCAUCUAUCUAAGCCCAUCCAGCCAUCCACCGAAACGUCUGAGCAGCUUCUAUCUAUAUAUCUAUUAUGCAAAUAUUAAACUAUACACACGCCCGAAUACCAUCUCUCACUCUCUCUCUCUCUUUUUAUCUUUCUCUCUCACUUUUCAUCUCUCUUACUCUUUAACACUUUUUCUCUCUCACCCUUUCUCUUUCACCCGCUUUCUCUCACUACACUUUUUGUCGCUCUCCCUCUCAUACACUCUUUUUCUAUCUCUCUUUCUCUCUCACUCACAUUUUUCUCUCUCUCUCACACAUUUUUUUCUCUCUCUCUCUCACUCUUUUUCUCUCUAUCAUUUUUCUCUCUCACACUUUGUCUCUCUCUCUGUCUAUCUAUCUAUCUAUCUAUCUAUCUAUCUAUCUAUCUAUCUAUCUAUCUAUCUAUAUAUAAUCGACUCUCCCGUCGAGAUUCGACUUCUGACACAAAAAUAUUAUUACUUUGCCGCUGUCUGGCUUUUCUCCUGA